GAGUUUGACAGUUGACAGUUCAUCCAAAAUGGUUUCGUGUUUGACAGAAGCAAAUACUAUUGAAUUAUUUACAGUGGAAAUAUAACUCAUAAUGAUCUAUAUGGAAAAAAAAAUAAAUGCAGUUUAAUAUUUUAAAAUUUUAAUAAAUAGCAAGUAAAUCUGUUCCACUCCAUUUUACAUUUAAUAAAGGACCGAUAUGACCGAUAAAAAUAAGAAUAUUGCUGAACAAAAAUUGAAAGCUUUUUCAAUUGGAACUAUGGGCAAAAGAAAUCUAUCUAAACGGGAACUUGAAGAACAAAGAAAAAGGGAAGAGGAAGAGGCAGCCGCUCAUGUUUUCCAAGAAUUUGUAGAAACUUUUCAAGAAGCUCCCAUAAAUGGAAGUUCUAAAGUUUGGGUUAAAGCUGGAACAUAUGAUGCUGGUGCUAGAAAGGAAGAUACAAGGGAGAAAGGUAAAUUAUAUAAACCAACUUCACGGAUAGCUCAAUCUCAAGAGCAAAUGAGUUCUGCUGAGCGUGCUCAAGCAUAUGCAAAGUUAUUAUCAUCUGAUAAAAAACCUGAAAGGUUGGGAAAGAAAAAACCAGUCACUAAAAGUAAUCUUGAAUCAUUUAUGGAGGAACUAAGGCAAAUACAUGAAGAGAGGGAGGAGAGGCACAAGUACAAAAGUGUUAUCAGAACACCCAUAGAAAAUGAAUUAGAUCUGUUAAUGAGAAGUGGUGAUGUAGGUUCUUUUGAUACCGGUGAUCCAAAUACUACAAAUUUAUAUUUAGGAAAUUUGAAUCCAAAAAUUACUGAGCAGCAGUUAAUGGAAUUAUUUGGCAGGUAUGGUCCGUUAGCUAGUAUAAAAAUUAUGUGGCCUCGUUCUGAUGAGGAAAAAGCAAGAGGACGAAAUUGUGGCUUUGUAGCUUACAUGUCCAGAAAAGAUGGAGAAAGGGCAUUAAAGAAUCUAAAUGGAAAAGAUAUUCAGGGUUAUGAAAUGAAACUUGGUUGGGGUAAAGCUGUGAUUAUCCCUCCACAUCCCAUUUACAUUCCUCCAGUUUUGCUAGAAGUUGCUCAGCCACCUCCUCCUUCAGGUUUACCAUUUAAUGCCCAGCCCGCUAUUAAAGAUAGAGAUGUGUUACCAAAAUCCCAGGAAGAACUUAAUGAUAUACUCUCUAGAGCAGUUGUUAAAGUUGUUAUACCAACUGAUAGGAAUCUUGUUAUGUUGAUACAUAGGAUGGUAGAGUUUGUUGUAAGAGAAGGUCCAAUGUUUGAAGCUAUGAUUAUGAAUAGAGAAAUAAAUAAUCCUCAAUUUAGGUUCCUAUUUGAAAAUCAAAGUCCUACCCACAUUUAUUACAGGUGGAAGGUAUAUUCGAUUCUACAUGGAGAUUCUCAAAAAGAAUGGAAUCAAAAAGAAUUCAGAAUGUUUAAAGAUGGAUCUAUAUGGAAACCUCCUAUAAUGAAUUGCUACACUAAUGGAAUGCCCGAUGAUUUAAUUAACAAAGAUGAAUCCAAAGAAAAUUCAAAAGGAAGUUUGUCUAAAUCGCAGAGAGAUAGAUUAGAAGAUUUAAUUCGCCAACUGAGCCCUGAAAAAAAUAAAAUUGGGGAAGUGAUGGUAUUUUGUAUUGAACAUAGUGAAGCGGCUGAGGAAAUCGCAGAUUGUAUAGCUGAAUCGCUAUCUAAUGAAUCAACAGCUUUAACCAAAAAAGUUUCAAGACUUUAUUUAAUUUCAGAUAUUUUACAUAAUUGUCAAGUAAAAGUCAAUAAAGCCUCAUUCUUCAGAAAAGCAUUUGAGAAUAAAUUAUUGGAAAUUUUUAAAUAUUUAAAAGAAACAUAUGACAAAUUGGAAGGUAGAUUACAAGCAGAAGGUUUUAAAGUUCGUGUUGUAAGGACAUUGAAAGCAUGGGAAGAUACAAUAUAUCCAAAGGAUUUCAUGUCCAAAUUAAAUAAUAUAUUCUUAGGCAUAGUGGAGGAGGAGGAAAAAGAACAAAAAGAAGUUACAGAGGAUAUUGAUGGGAAUCCUUUAGAUCCUCAAGAGUCUGAUGAAGAUGUUCCUAUGGAUGGAGCUACACUUUUGAAAACAGCCAUGAUGCAGUAUGAAAGUGAUGGAGAUGAAUUGGAUAUUGAUGGUCAAGAAAUACAAGAAGAACCAAAAAAGGAUUCAACUUUAUCUGGAUUUAUAACAUCUAAAUGGGAGACCGUAGAUCCAGAACAAGUUGAGGCGCAAGCAAUGACAACUAGUAAAUGGGAUUUAUUAGAAAACAGUCAAGAUGACAGCAGAGAAAGUUCUAAUGAUAACCAAGAUUAUAAUGAUUACACAGAUGUGAGAAAUAUGACUGAAGAAAAACGACAGAAACUAAGAGAGAUAGAAGUAAGAGCAGUUCAGUAUCAAGAUGAAUUAGAGUCUGGACAAAGACAGUUGAAAAGUGGCUGGACUCUACCCCAACAAGUAGAACAUUACAGAAGAAAGUUACUUAGAAAAUCUGAAAAAGAAAAAAAGGAUAAAAGUGAAAAGACUCCAAAAAGUGAAAGACACAAAAGUGAGAAGAAACAUACAGGAGAUAGUUCAGAUGACGAAUUUUAUUAUAAGGAACUUACUUCUAGAAAAAGUAAAAAACAUGCUCGAAGCUCUUCAAGUGGUUCAACGUCCAGGCACAGAUCAAAAAGUCGAUCUCCGCCUCGCAAGAGAAGCUCACGGGCUGUUAGUCCCAGUAGUCCAUUAAGAUUAAGAAGACAUUCGCCUUCUCGAUCUUCCCGCAAAAAUAAAGAUUCUCUUUCUCCUACAAACUCCAAUGGCAAAUACUCUCCUAAACGACAUAGACUAUCUCCACCAUCCCCACCAUCUAGAAGUAAUAAACACAGAAGAUCGCCUAUUUCACCAGCAAGAAGUCGCCAUGCUAGUCCUGGAUCUUCUAGAUCAAAUAGAUAUCAUUCUCCAGAAAUUACUUCUUCCAGUAGAAAACAUAAGCACAAACAUAAACGUUAGCAAAUAUUGUGUUGUUUAUUGAGUAAUACAUUAAGUAAUAAAUAACAAGGAGACAAUCUGCAGGUAUCCAUUCAAUUCUAAUUGAAACUUCUUAAAAAGAUUGCAGAUAUUCCCAUAUGCAGAAAAAUCUUUAUUUUUAAUUUUAUUAAUUUUACAAUUUUAUUUGUAGCUAAAUAUAAGAUCUAACAAAAUUUGACUUAAUAUAUCACUAAACAGAGAAUCAGUAAUCAUCUUAAGUUUCCCGCUAGAAUUAUAUUGAAGGUGAUAUUUCCUCAUCAAAUUAUUAUUUCUACCAAUAAAACAGCUGAAAUUGUUUUGCUUAGUCUAUCAAAUGAAUUUGUAAGAUAUUUGAAAGAAAAUGAUUUUUUAAAAAGCCCAACUGCUCUUUUGUAGUUAUAAACAAUCUGAUCUGAUGAUAGAUAUCCAUGGUGGUUAAGUUGUGUCUCAUUAUUUAUUACUUAGUGGUGAAAUUUGAUUGAUCAAAUAUUUUUUUUACUGAAAUGUCUUUUUUAUUAUUUACUACUUUAAAAUUUACUUGUGAUCUAAUCAUAAUCAUUAUUCAAUAUAUUAUUACUUAUACAA